UCCGCGCCCGCGGCCGGCAGCGGUGUCUGCGCCUCAGCCGGGCUGUCGGCGGGUGCUGGUGGUGCGCUCUCCCGCCGCGGGGCUGCACAAUGGCAGUCGUUCCGUAGGAUGGAUCCUGCCGUGGCUUUUGUUCUGCAGAUCCACCCAGCCUCCUAGCAGUCAAGUACCAGGCUAUGGUUUUCUCUCUGGGGAUCUUCCUUCCGCGUUUUGCCGGCGUCUCUGAUGAGGUUUUGGCCUCGGCUGGGAUUUCACUACCUUACUUUUCGAUUGGCUUCACGCUGAAAAAAAAAAAAAAAGGGGGAUUUCUUUUAUUUUUUUCUCUCCACGCUUUUGGUUAUAAUCCAGUGUUGAUCUAGGGGGAAUAACCGUUCAGCCUGGCUGAAAAAAAAGCAUCCGUUGAAAAGUCUCAAAGAAAUAUACCACGUGAGGAAAAAAAACUGGGAGAAGAUCGGGAUAUAAUCAUUUUUUCUAUGAUAAAACUGGUGCCCCUCUUCAGGAGAACUGGUCUCAAUUUAUUAUUAUGCAACCACAAGGAUCUCUUCUUUCUCAGGGUGUAUAAGCUGCUGGAUUGCUUUUCGCCCAAAUCAAUGUGGUUUCUUUGGAACAUUUUCAGCAAAGGAUCGCAUAUGCUGCAGUGUCUUUGUGGCAAGAGUCUUAAGAAAAACAAGAACCAAACUGAUCCCCAGCUCAAGGGUAUAGUGACCAGGUUAUAUUGCAGGCAAGGCUACUACUUGCAAAUGCACCCCGAUGGAAGUCUCGAUGGAACCAAGGAUGACAGCAGUAAUUCUACGUUAUUCAACCUUAUACCAGUGGGACUUCGAGUUGUUGCUAUCCAGGGUGUAAAGACUGGGUUGUAUAUAGCCCUGAAUGGAGAAGGUUUCCUCUACACAUCAGAACUUUUUACACCAGAAUGCAAAUUCAAGGAGUCUGUUUUUGAAAAUUAUUAUGUAAUCUACUCAUCCAUGCUCUACAGACAACAGGAGUCCGGGAGAGCCUGGUUCUUGGGGCUGAACAAAGAAGGGCAGGUCAUGAAAGGAAACAGAGUGAAGAAAACAAAACCAGCAGCUCAUUUUCUACCCAAGCCAUUGGAAGUUGCCAUGUAUCGAGAGCCGUCUUUGCAUGAUAUUGGAGAAACAGUGCCAAAGGCUGGGGUAACUCCAAGUAAAAGCACAAGUGCAUCUGCAAUAAUGAAUGGCGGCAAACCAGUUACCAAGAGUAAGACGACAUAGCCAGAUCCUCACAGGUGUUGUGACUUACUGAGUCCCGAGCACAGUUGAGCAAUUUAUCCUUGCCAGACUUCCCCUCUGCAGUGUCUGUGGAUCAGCUUGCGUCAAGUCACAGGCUUGCCCGUUGCUGUUGCUGAACUGAGUUGUUGCAAGAGGAUAAAUCUCAACAUGUAGCUCCACCCACAACAAGAAGACACCUGGAUGAACCAGCUAAACUCAGACCAUGGAAUGCCCUACCAGAUAUUGGAAUGCCUUUUUAAUAUCUUUUCUGUGACUGUGACACUUCAUGUGAAUGACAUACUUCACAAGUACACUUGAUACCUUGCCUGCUGACAAUUGCCCAUAAUCUCUUUUUGAGUCCAGUUUCAGCAAAAUCCAUGUGUUUAAGUUCUAUUUUGUAGCACACAAAUAAUCAAGUAAUUUCUAGUUAGAUGCUGUAAACCUGUGCUAUUAUGGAUUUCUCUUCUUCCCUUUUUUAUAAGGCUGCUCGCUCCACUGUCUGUGACUUUUUGCAGGGAUUGUGUUUCUCUAUAACUUAAGUGUUGCCGGUGGCUUAGUUCUGAAAGCAAUCAGGGAAUCAGGAAGCCUUCAAAAAUCUAUUAUUACAAAUUAUAUCUAUAAAGAAUAGGAUUGUUGUCUCUGGCUUACAAUAUUGAUUAAAUGUGAAUACUCCAGUAACAGAUACUGUGCUUCUGAGGUUGGCAUUAUAGUGAAGGGAAGAGUGUCAAACACAACCAACAGGAAGUUUUCUGAAAGGAGUGUUUGGCAUCCCCCUAUAGUUUCUUUUUGUGUGUGUGUUUUAUACAUAUCACAGGCUUACUGGUAAUGGUAACAUUUGCCUUGCCCAGCGAGCAAGACCCACUCAUUUUUGGGAAAGUGGGUCCAAAGAAUUUUGUAGGCCUUGUAGGCCUGAAUUAAGGCUCAUUUUUCAUCUAUUAAAUCUUCAUUGUUUGAAAAACAACCACCACCGAUAAAAAAAAUAAAAAAUAAAAUAAGACUAACCAGAAUUGCGCUACCUAAAUCCAUUUCAAAUAUAAUCCUUUCCUGUUUUUAAGGAACUUGAACUUAAUGCCAUUGUUACUUUUGGCUGAAUCUCACACCUACUUAGCAAAGCAUGGGCAAGGAUGUUGUUGUGUUCUUUUUUGCAGCACCAAUGCAAAGGGUAGUUACAAAUCAUAGUUUAAUAUUUCUGGUGUUUUAAAAAAAAAAAAAAAAAGAAAAGAAAAAAGUUUUAAAACUGGACAUAUUACAAAACUUUAUUUUUAUUUUUAGCAAAGCAUGCAAAGUCCGGUCCUGUGUAUCUCACUGAUAUCCCAGUACGUACCUCCACCCAGCUUUCUAGGAUAAUUUGCCCAACAAAUUACUAGAUUGAAGGUGCCUUGCCUUGAUCUCUGUAUACUGUACUUUCUCCUACAUUAACCUAAAACAAAUCAAAAACAUCAUAAAAUUGAAGCCUUGGAUCAUAUUACCAGAAAGAACAUUGAAGCCCUUUGAGUUUGUCACUUGUGAACAAUUAAGCCAGUGUUGAGGGCAGGGAGAAGGAUUUAGAGAAGGCCACAGAGAUGCCACUGAGGUGUUGCACACUUAGUCACAGGCUUUCAGAAGACUAAAAAUAUGGGUACUAGUCUCUAUGCUUAAUGAGGUAUUUGUUUCUCAGAAAGGGCAACAAGGACCAAACUGUACCUCAGUCUGCAAAACUGUGUGGCAAUGCUCUCUUGGCCUCUUGCAUCUUGAUAUUUAAAUACAAAAAAAAAAAGGAAAUAAUCUAAUUCUUUUUUAGCAUUGUAUUUCUGGCAAUUUGUUUUAUCACAUCUUUGUGCUGAAGUCCCUAACUGAGACCUCUGGUUAUUUCAAACUCCCUGUCUGCUCAGAUGAACAACUGAUGCAGUCUGAAUGAACUCUUCGUGCUAGUUUUCAAAUAUCUUCUGUUUUUAUGAAGCGACAUUUAGUGCACUCUUCAAGGAGACUACUGUAAAGCUGCUAAAUUCUAGAUGAACUUUUUUCGCAGGCCAGACUUCCUUGUUUAUAUCUGUAAUAGGAGAACAGCAAUCUAACACUUGAUGAUGGGUCUUUCUAAGGAGGGAAUGAGUUAAGCAUGAAGCCCACUAUCUAUGUAGAGGAAAAAAAUACAAACUUACUCUAAUACUGUGAUAAAAACGCAAAGAAACUUUGACUUAGACUGUGCCCUUGCCUGCUAGCACUAACCAUGUGUGUGUGGGCGGGAAACAACACUUUGAUAAAAACUUCGGUGCACCCUUCUCAUCCCAUAUGGCCCAGUGGGAUUUGUGCGCCAUCCCAGAGGAAACAAAAGAAAACCAAAGCAGCUCACAUGGUGAGCUGGGGACUUGCUCUGCACCUGGAGGGCCCAUGGGAGGCAGCAGCCUUGACGUUGUACUGUCUGCUGGGUCCCAGAGGAGGCCCCAGGCUCUCCUACAGUUACGAGAGGAGCACUUUACAAUAUUUUGAGUAAGAUAAUACAGCUGAAGGCUACAUUCUCUUUCUCUCUCACCUGAAUUUCAUAAGAGUUCAUGAGAAGGGAAUACCUGUGUUUAUGUCCCAUCCAGCCGUCUUUUUAGUCUCCCGGUGUAAGAGCCUGGGGAGAGAUGGGGCCAAAGACCUGGCUGAGCCAUGCAAGGAGCUUCUGGUUCAUGGUCUGAUACUACAGUAGUAUUGUUUUCAACAUGAAACUUUUGAUCCUGAAUAAUUAUGAUCUGUGAAUCAGUUAGGGGGGAGGGAGGGGCUAUAACUAAGGCCAGACUUAAUUUUUGUAAGCAGUUAGUACAUACUGGAAAUACAGCAUUUUUUUCUUACCAUUUUCUGGUUUUGUUUCUAUGAGCUAAAUCCAUAUGUGUGUUUAAUCCAAUGAAUAGAUGCCCUAAAAAACAUUUUUUCUACAAUCUGUUUAAACAUAGCAAAGGGGUCUCUGUGCUUUGCUUCCUCCCUUUAAUUUUGUCUCUUGUCUCAUCUGUUGCAUGGGAAGAGGAUGGAAAGGAUGAACUGCAUGUAGUGGGUUGUGUCUAUCAGAGAACUGUUGGGCUGUAUUAUGAAAUUUACGUGCAUAUAUGCAAAAAGUUUGUCUGCAUCGUACAGUUUGUGUUUAUUCUUAUUUAUUGUAUACACAGAUUCAACAUGAUGAAUAAAGCAUUUAUAUGAAGGCAUACCGGAAAACAACAAAAAAGUUUAUGUAAGAAGUAGACUGUGCAAAACAUCAUUGCACUGGCCACAGGAUGGUGAAACUUCAUGUAAAUACGUUGGCAAACUCAGUUCUCCCCUUUUACCAUGCCAAAGAAAAUUUUAGCUCCUUAAUAUAAUACCUCUCUUGCUGUUCUCCAGAAUGAGACUUCACCAUUUUCUUCCCUCUAAAAUUAAUUUUGCUGUUAAGUGAAAGCUGUUUUCAACUGUCUGUUACUACUGAAGUACUGUAUAGUAAAACUCAUGGAAUCCAUUUGUAUUUCCAGAUUGGGUUUUUUGUACUUACAUGUCCAGCUCUCUGUGAAUCUGCAUUGUUCCAGACCUUUUGCAUGCUUACUUUGUAUUUUGUUCUUCUUCUGAGUUUUAUCUAAUCUCUGAGAGACUGUUUGCACAGCAAUCCAACCUCAUUUUACCAUUUCAUAGGUUAACACUGCACAUAAUCAUUAACUCUUUACUGGAUUUUUAAACUGUAUUUCAGCUACAGUUCUGUUUGGCAAAAUCAGUCACACCUGCACAGUUUUAGAAAUCCAGUUUAAAGUAGAUAUGAACUAAUCAACAGAGCACCAUUUUGUUGUACUUAGAAAAUUUUAUAAAUACACAAGUAUGAGAUUGCUCACAUGAUAGAGCCUAUUGAAAGGUGUCUAUAGCUUUUAAGUGCUUUGUCGUUCACAUAGCACAUCUUUUGCUUAAUUUGCUGGGGUUUUUAGCAACUCUCAAUUUUUUAAUAUACUGUCAUUUUCAUAAACUUUAACUUGUGUAGAGUCAGACUGGUUCUUAACAAACUCCCUCCCCCGCAGAUAUAAAGUAAAGCAAUUCACUUUGACAGUGGUCAUGUGGUCAUAUGGUCACACCUGAAAUAACAGUAAGAACUCUGACUUUAUAUAUAUUGGAAAACUUUUUCUUGGUUUAAAACCACUGUAAGCAAUGACUUAUGAAAGCCAGCAGUUUGGUCCAUGUGUUAAAAGUGUGUCUUGCUGAUCCAUCUGUUUACUGGAAUAAAGAAUAAAUUAUUCAGCUCCAUUCAAAUGGGAAUGCAAGUAAAAUUAGACAAAGGAGGUUAUCUUUCUUGUAAAUGCCCCUUUAGAUAAAAUCAUAUUCUGUGCAAUUAAUUUUAAAAUGUCUAAUAACAAGGGGGUUUUACGAUGACUAAGGCAAAUGCUAUAACUUAUUUUUAAAAACAUAAUAAAUUUUUUGUUCUAUUACCUAGUCACAGUAAUAUUCAACUUAGCUUUCUUCAUCCCAGUAUCAUUUGGCUGUAUCAUUUAGCUACAAAGUGAGAUGUCAUUCUGUGAAGAAGCAUCAGAAAUGGCAGAGCAGGUACAUGAUUAAAUGCUCAUCUACGUGUUUCUAAAAAGAGUAUGGCCAGGGAAAAAAGGAUCACAAGUAGGUUAAUAAUUAAUACACGCAAAUCAAUCCAGAGCUCUUUCAUAGGUAAUAUUACAGAUAUGUUAUAUACGAUAGGCAUAAUCCUGCAAGUCUAUUGUAGAAGCAUUCGGCACACUUCUGGAUUGGGUUCUUUCUCUUGUAAGAAGAAAGCAAGGCUUUAGUAUCUUUUUUUUAUAAGGUUUAUCAAUCUAACUGAUACAAAAUCCCCAUUUAUCCCAUUUUGUUUUGGCCACCUAGAUCUGCCUUUUGCCACAGGCCUGAAAACAAGGUUUUACAGACACUAGGUAUGAAGAAUCAAGCAGUAAGUUUCACUCCCUUACACCUCUUCCUGCUUUUUCAGUUCAUCUGGCAUUCCUGUCACAGGGAAUGAGGUGUAAAAUCACAAUUUAUUAAUAUAGCUAUUAUUUUCACAUAUAUGGAAUAACAAUCUUAUUCCUUCUGAUCUCAUUUUUCUAGUCAGGAAAUGAGCCACAAAACAGAUCUGCUGGGAGUUACAUCACCAGUUACCUCAGCAUGAAGAGCAGGGGGAAUGUUUUAGCAACAUUAUAAGAAACAGAAUAAAAAUUGGAAAGGAAUUUGCACAUACAUAAUAUUUUUAGUAGUCUUAGUUAAUACUUUAAGGUUUAUAGCAACAGUACCAUUUUGUUUUGACAAUUUACAUUUUAAUGAACCACUGACAGUAGCUGUCUUAGAAUAUUCUAAUAUUUUUCCAUAUGUACCUUAACAAAAACUUGGAUAACACUUUUUGAAAUGCUAUGGAUAUGUAAUCCAUCCAGUAGCCAAAAUGUUGGAGUUAAUUUUUUUUUUUUUUAAUUCUAACUAUAAAUCAGAAUCAUCUUACACCUUUUUAAGUUUAUAAACUUAAAGUGAAAGCAAAUUACGAAGUAUAAUGCAUCAAAUAUGAUAUUGCAACCCUCUAAAGAAUUGGUUUUUGUCUACGAAUGAGUACCUGAAAUACCACGGCUGAUCUACAGGAUUUAUAAAACUGCUUAUCAUGCUAUGAAACAAGUCAAAAGCAUCUACUGAACCUGGAUAAGUGUUUUGAUUAUCUAAUAUUUUCUUAUUACAGUACUAAAUGCAGAUAGAAGGAAAUCAAGGAAAACUUUGUAUCUUUCAUUGUUUACACUCUGAUUCAGCAGAUGAAUGUAUAUGUGAAAAAGCACUGAUUAUAAGAUGAUUCAGGUCAGCGGUAUUCAUAAAUAUAAAUAAACCCAACAAUCUGUGCAUUCCAGACACCAGAGUUGACAAAAUGCAUAUGUGUUAAAAUUUAAGAAAAUAUUCCUGUUAAGGUCUACAGAGUUUAAGGGUUAUAAGUACAAAAUAUAAACUAUAAUUUCAAGAUUAAAUUUACGCUGAAGAUUCUUUAUACUGUGUCAAUACAUUUUAGAGAUCUGCCUGAUAUUUUGGUUGUCUAAAAAGAGAGCAGCUAGCAGCUUUGGGACGUUUGUCAUUUUUUCUGCAUAACUUCUAUAUAAGUUAUGCAUGGAUGUUUGGUGAUUAUACUCCCUGAGAACAUGGCUUUCACAAGCUUCAUUUUUAGAAAGAAAGAAUCCAGGUUAAGGAAAAUAUUGGGUAAGAGAAAAAGCAAGCUACAUGACAAGGGGAAUUAAUAAAAGUGGUUAAAUAAAUUCAUUCACAUUUUUUGCAUUCUACUACAUGUUCUGUACCAUUGUAUUUUCCUAUUUCAAAAUUGUCCUUUCUAAAUGAAAACUAAUUUCUAGACUAAUAAUGGAAAUACUUUUUUUGGUUGAUAUAUAAUUCCCUUAUUUCUGAGUCAUGUACCUCUUCAAAAAUCAGGACGUUGGCAUCUAAACCACAAUGUUACCGUUUGGUAUUAAAAAGAAAUAUUCUCCAGCCAUUCAAUCAAUUUCUCUCUCAAUCAUGAUUUCUCUCAUGAUUUCACAAAAUGUAAACACUUUUGAAACUAAAAUGUAUGUAUCUUUUUUUGCUCUAAAGAAAUCAAGGGCUGCCAAAUCUACAUGUAAAAAAAAAAAAAAUACUCAUAUGUAAAUAAGUUAGGGAAGUCCCAAUAGUUGUGCAUCAUUCAUAACUCAAUGUGAAUUUCACACUGAGCAGCAUUUCACCAUUGGAAAAUGAAAAUAAAAGUUUUGUUCAUAUCA